ACACAAAUUAGGACCUGAUCAGUGCAGGGUUUAUCUAUUUACUUAUUGUAUAUCCUUUAUUACACUGUUAUAUGCAGGCUGGUUGGGUUUAUAGUCUAUUCUGAAGUGUUUAGCCGCCACGUGUCAACUGUUGGGCUUAUUUCUUGCAGUAUAGCUUAGUGGCCGGGAGCUGAGUCGCUAAUUGACCUAGUUUGCCGGGCAAAGGCCGAGUCAACUUUGUUUACGUGCACAGUUGGGUGUACUUUUAUUAUGUUUCACGCAACUGUCAAAAAACGCCGUGCUCGUCCAUGAAACGACAAACUUGUAGAUGGUGUUGUGUUGUCCUUCUACAACAAACUGGUGUUGUGACAUAAAAAGCGCCCCUGUCGUGGAACGCGACCCCGCCGCGGGAGCGAGCAUUCGCGGGAACGCGCAGGGUUGUAGAGAUGGAGUCCAUAAUGAACGCGGUGACGCCACGCUCCCCAGCCCCCGUCAAGAAGCAGUCGGAGGUGGACUUCCGCUCGGGCGCCACCCUGGAGCAGCUGUCGGCGCAGGUGUCGGAGCUGGUCCUGCUGGAGCAGGGCGAGUUCGGGGACCAGACCGCCUUGGAAGUCCACACGGCCAAGGACUUCAUCUUCAACAUGCUGGGCCUGGUUCAGAAGGUGGACCAGCGCCUCCCGGUGGCCAACGAGUACCUGCUGCUGUCAGGCGGGGCCCGGGAGGGCGUCCUGGACCUCAACCCCGAGGACCUGGGCGAGUACGCCAAGGGGGCCGACUUCGACCUGGACUUCACGCUGCUGGUGCCGGCGCUGAAGCUGCACGACCGCAACCAGCCGGUGACGCUGGACAUGCGGCACUCGUCGCCGUGCCACUCGUGGCUCAGCCUGCGCCUCUGCGACUCGCACGUCCUGUCUCGCUGGGGCAUCUGCUGCCAGGAGGAGAGCGGCUUUCCGCCGGAGGAGGACGACGACGAGGAGCAAGGAGACAUGGGUAAAGGCUCCAUCCCCUCCCUGGGGUCUCCCCAGUCCCUGGACGGGUGCUACUUCUCUCCCAGCCUGGUGACGGACUGGUUCUGGGGAGUGGUGACGGAGGCCGUGGAGGAGCUGAGGCGCAGCCCCCAGAGAGGCAUCCCCACCCCGGAGCGGCUGGAGAGGAACGGCCCGCUGACCACCAUCAUCCUGCAGGCGGGCUCCAGCCGGGUCCUGUACGACCUGCUGCCCGUGGUGUCGUUCCGCGGCUGGCCCGCCGUGGCCCAGGGCUGGCUGACCGCCAACCACUUCUGGGACGGCAAAAUCACGGAGGAGGAGGCCAUCUCUGGCUUCUACCUGCUGCCCUGCUGCUCCCCGCUGGGGGGGCGGCCCGACCGCGAGUGGAGGCUGGCGUUCUCACGCAGCGAGGUCCAGCUGAAGAAGUGCAUCCCGUUCCCCGUGGCCCAGGCGUUCCAAGCAGCCAAAGCGGUUCUGUCUCGGAUCCUGGCCCGUCCACGCACCGGCCUCAGCCUCUACCACCUGCGCACCCUGCUCUUCUGGGCCUGCGACAGACUCCCGGCCGCCUACCUGUCCUGCCCCGACGCAGACACGCCGGGCCGCCUCCUCCUGGGCCUGCUGGACGACCUGGCCCACUGCAUCCUGGGUAAAAACUGCCCCAACUACUUCCUGCCCCAGUGCAACAUGCUGGAGCACCUGACGGACGGCCAGGCGCUGCUGGUGGCCCGGAAGCUGGCGCACAUGCGCUCGGACCCCAGCGAGCACCUGCGGGCGGCGCUGGACCAGGCCCAGCAGGCGGGCCAGCUGAAGAAGGAGCUGACGGCCGGCACCAACGGCCACGGCUCGCCCGGCCACCAGCCGGCCAACGGCAUCAUCUCGCCGUCGGAGGACAAGCUGGCGCAGCGGCUGCAGCAGCUGGUCACCGAGAACCCGGGGAAAUCCAUCUCCGUCUUCCUCAACCCCGACGACGUCACCCGGCCGCACUUCCGCAUCGACGACAAGUUCUACUGAGGGAACGACGGCGGCGUUAGCGAGGCCCGGAGGCCGAACGUCUGCUGACACUGAACACUGGAAGGGAGCGUUGCUGCUUGACUGCCUCUCUAAACCAAAAACACUCACUCUCCCCCGGCUGAGUAGAGCAGACGUCAUGAAAACAGUCAUGAUGUCACCGAGCUGUUGCCAUGGAGACGGUCCACUACUGAUAGGCUGGCCUUAAUGAGACUUGUGUGUGUGUGUGUGUGUGUGUGUGUGUGUGUGUGUGUGUGUGUGUGUGUGUGUGUGUGUGUGUGUGUGUGUGUGUGUGUGUGUGUGUGUGUGUGUGUGUGUGUGUGUGUGUGUGUGUGUGUGUGUGUGUGUGUGUGUGUGUGUGUGUGUGUUUCUGCCCUCCUUAUUGGUUCUGAUCCAGAAGUGGAACGAGGUGCGGCUGAUGUAACUGAUUGUAACGUUGCCACGGCAGCCGCAGCGCAUCCUCUCCUCUUUUCCUUUUCUGAACACUCAAGCAUCAGUUUGUGGCGACUUGUUUCUCCGUCAGUCUUUUCUUUCGCUUUCUCAGGUAUGUGGAACCUCUGUGUUGUUGUUGGAUGUAUCCGAGUCCGUCUGAGGCGCCGGGCAGCACCCGGCGCCGCCCGACGUGUCUCGGAGGGAUGGAAAACGAACCAAAGAGCUGCGUUUAAGCAGUUUAGCAGAAAGAAGUUUUAAUUUCGGGGCGACGGCGUGGAUCCGGCGAGUCGCCGCCAGAAUGUUAAUCAACCGUUCCUCCUUGGAAAGUCCCGGUCACACCACUCCCCAAAUCGUUAAAUUUAGCUGCAAAAUCAGUUCAUCCCGGCAGAAAUCGGCGUAACAAAUGGAUCUGCUCUCGAGGCGAGCUAGAUAAGCGCCAGUCUUUCAUGUCGAACCCGACUCCGCUGAACUGAAGGAAGAGUCUGCGGCUCAUUAGCUUUGCACCAUGUGAUGUAAUUUAAUUUCCUCUGAUGGAGGGGAACUUCGGCUAGCAGUUUAGUGCAGAAGCAUCUUGAAAUGACUUAAUUUGUUCCUGCAGUCGGCAGAGAAAGAAGUUCCUGUAUCUCAGACUUCUCGGUGUCGCUUGACGGCGUCACAUGUUACGAAACCGAGUAACGACAAUUUUAAAAUGUCUGUAGAAUACUGUGAUUAUGAAAACGUGAGCUACAUAAUAAUCACUCAGAUGUAGAAGUGAAGACUGAUGAGUAGGUAGCCCACUAAUCUGUAAGUGAUCAUCUUCAUGCCCUCCACGUGUCUUACACCGAUGCUGCUGAGGAAGGACAGCUGUUCACCCCAGCUGGCGCAGGAAGCCCUCGCCGCCGACUGGCAUCGCCGCGCAGCGAGAGCUCCACCGGCAAGCAGCUCUGAUUGUUUACUCCCUCCUGCCGCCCUCGUCACAUCAUCUUCUUCGUCUUCUUCUUCUUUAGUGAACUACACGGUAGAAACAACUAAAAACUCUGUAUUAACACAUUUUGACACACUAAAAGUUGGAAGCAGGUUUGAGCUGGAGCAGCGGUCAGCUCUGAGUCCUGCAGGACUCUCCGGGCCGACUGUUCCCCUCCGUUGUGAAUGCUCUUCUGCUUCCUUGGAGGUGAGCUUGUUUCACCAGCAUCUCCUUCUCCGCCGGAUGUCUGUCCUUGAUACUGGUCUCCGUUGAUGCGCUGCCUUCGGCAAACGCUUCGUUUGCACCCGAUGUCCAGAGGACGUAACCUAAACAUGUAGAAGAAACCGCCACUAGGCACCUUUUUGAUCCACGAGAGGAGGCAGACCAACUCCGUGUCUCCAGGAGAAUAAUGAGGACGGCACUUUCCCUUUUCCACUGGAGGUCAGGAGCCACGAAGCUCCUGGGUCCAGUCUCGUCUCCGCCGUUAACGGCUGCCGCAGCAGGAAGGACCCGCAUGAGCAGCACUCGUCUCUCUUACCCUUAGAUGUUUUAACACUCCCACCAAACCUGGACCGGUGAGUUCCCUGAACACUACAGCGCUGGGGAGGGAACCCACCAGGUCCUUGCUUACUACUGAAUGAAUGGACGCGUUUACGCCGUCAGACGUGCAGGAAAUGAACCAGAGGAAAACCAAAGGAGGAGUUGAUGCGGUACAGAAAGUCUCAGCCGUCAGAGGAGGUGGUGUUUCUGCACUUUUUCCUCCCAAAAGAGGCCUGAUCAUUGUUGCAUUUACGUCAAGAAGUUGUACAGAUGGUGUGGUUUAGUAGACGUACUGUAAAGGGUACGUUCUCGUCGGCCUCUUAUCGUGUUUGAAGUUUAAAACUGUCUCACUUUGUACCUUAAUGCACCUAGCUGGAGAUAACGACACUGGAAACGAUGGGUUUUUCUUGAAUUGUACUCUUGAACUCUUUAGUGGAGAGAAUCACGUAUUGUACUUUCUGAUAGUGUCCGUCUCUAAAUAUGCAAUCAAGCCAGGAAGCAGGUUGUGUUUGUUUGUACGAGCGGGGAGGACGUCCCCGCCGUGCACGUACCUCCGCGCCGGGAUGCUCUGUAAUCUGUUGAGCUUCUGAACUUCUCCUGAUUCUGUUGUGGAUUAAACGCGAUGAAUGUAUCCGCCGCCAGUGCAAGUGGAGCUGAACAUCUAGUACUGAAUCACUCUGCUGCCGAGGAAACCGAGUUUCAUAUCUCGUUUGUUACUUGAGUUUAUUCUCCUUUUUUUUUUUUUCUUUUUUUUUUUUUUAAAAAAAAAAAAAAAAGGAAAAGCUAAAAGUUUCCUCUUAUUUUGUCUGAUUUGCUGUAUUUAUGUUUCUUUUCUGGGGGGCGGGGUUUACAUUGAUCAGUGUUCAAGCUUUAGCAUGAAAUAAAUCUCUUCAUUUUAAAUCCAA